AUGAAGUACGUUCAGCUUACAAUCGAGCUCAUCACCAAGGCCUUUGAGACAUUCUCCUCUAAGAAGGGAGUGGAGUUUAACAAGAAAGAUGCAAAUAAGAUCUUUAAGGCGCUUGAUGAGGAUGAGGAAGUAGAGAGAUACUACUUUUGUGGAGCAAAGUGCAUCAAGUCCAAGCGCAAAUGCAUGAAGGAAGUUGAUGAUGAAGGCAUGCAUUGUUAUGUCCACGAUCCUGCGCGCAAGUGUCAAGGCACAACCAUUAAGGGUGCUAAUUGUGGUAGUGUUGCCAAACUUGGUCAAACAUACUGUGGACGUCAUCAAGAUCAAGAUAGAGGUCAUAUAAAACGUAGUAACAACAAGGCACCUGUCGACAAGCGUACUAAGUCUUCCAGGGCUUUAAAGAAGACACAUACUUCUAAGUUUGUAUCUUCCGAUGACGAUAUGACUUCCGAGGAUGAAGAACCAAAGAAGCGAAAGAGAAACAAGCAGGAGUCAUCGGAUGAGGAGACGUCCGAUGAUGAUGAAUACAUUAUUAAGCUGAAGGAAAAGGAUCUCUACGUUGUAUUGUGUCCACCUGAGCUCAUGGGGAAAAAUCUUCCUGUACCGGAAAUAUCUGACAAAGAGGUACGUAUAUUGCAAAAGAUGGGACUCCAAGAGGCAACUCCUGCAGAUGUAGAAAAAAUAGAAGAGUCUUCUGCUGAUGAGAAUUCUGACGAUGAUACAGAUGAUGGUGAUACGUCUGAUGAUGCUGGCUCUGACGAUGAUUCCCCUGAUGAUAAAGACUCUGAUGAUGGCAAGUCCAAUAACAGACCUGAUGUAGAAUCUGGAGAUGAUACCUCUAAGGAUAACCCUGAUGAAAAACUAUCUCAUAAAAAGUCAUCUAAGGAUGAUGAGAAGAAGACUUCUCGAAAGAAAAGGCAUUCAGAGAUGCCCAAAAAUGCAGAGCCAUCUUCUAAUGUAGAUGAUUCUAAGGAUGAAAAAGAGAUGGAUAUCUUGGAACGCUCCAUGCUUAGCAAGAUGAGACUUCAACCAAUGUCUGAUGAAGAGAGAAAGAUGCUUUUCAACGACGAUGUUGAAGUAGAAGAGGGACUUCCAGUGGAAGGACCGACAGAUAUAUCCAAGAUGAAAUGGAAAAGGUUUCACAAGCAGCAAUUGGAGUAUUCCAUGAAUGUACUUGUAAAUGGAAAGCACAUUCUCAAGAUCCGCAAGCAAAACAUUGUAGUUGGCUUGGUGACUGAUGACCACAUUGGUGCAGAGAAUGUCGACUAUGAUAAUCUUAACCAAAAGGAAAAAGAAAAGAUCUUCGCUAUGGGCUUUAAGCCACAAUGGUCUGAGGAUAGGUCGACAGAGAAAGAUGAACCGGUAGAAAAAGUAGAUGAUGAGGUGCAAGAGUCGAAUGUUAAGGAAACUUUAGAAGAUAGUGGACCUAUGGGAAGCGAAAAUGUGAAUGCCUCAAGUGUUUACACUACAAAAGACCAUCAUGAUUUUCUGAAGGCAAUGGGAGAAGUAUAUAGCAAAAUAACAGCUAUCGAAGAAGAACUCCGCGAGGAAUACGUUUCGGCAGAUGAUAGUAUUCAAGCCAAAGAGAAAAGUACGAUGGAAGAAAAGAAGCCUCUUGAAGUAACAUUUGAGACCGCAGAAGAGUAG